GCAGCUCAGCUUUGCUGUUUGAGCUUUCUGUCCAUGCUGGGCUUUGCCCAGCGUGCAGGAACCAAGCAGUGCCCCAGGAGGAGAACUUGGGAGAGCUCACAAGGCACAUGGGAGCACCACAUGGUACAAACCCUUCCUGGACUUUGUAAAUGUGACUGGGGUGAUCAUGGAGAGUGCAGCUCACUGGUGGCUGCUCAGCUGUUCAUCAUGAUUAGCCUCACCUUGAGCAUUUCCAUUAGAAUUAAGUGGAUUGUGUUCUGUACUGUUGCAGUCUGAAGUAAAGGGAAUGUCAGAAAGUAGUUACAGCUUGUGUGUUUUGAGAGCUUUGCACAGCUCUCCUCUCCACCAGCCCAUUUCCAAACAGAGCCAGCCAAAGUGGGGGCAAGAGGGAUGUGACUCACUGGUGAGAGUCAAUGUUUGUGUAACAGCUGUCACCGUGGGGCUCUGGGGUUUCUAUUGCACCCAAUCUGACAUAAAUGGCCUCUGUCCAAAGGGACAGCCCUGUCCUCCCACUGCCACAAGUGUAUCCAAACUUUACUGGGAUGUGGUCCAAGGCUGGCUGCCUGCAAAAGGGGCAGUGCUGUUCUCCCCCUUGUCCUCUGUGCCUGUUCCUAUUUAAUUGCUUCUCUUUCACUGAAUUUGUGGAGUUGGAGGAUGGGACGAACCAAUUUGCUGAUCUUAUGGAAGAGUGGUCUUUUCACAAGAGCAUGGGCUGGUUGGUAGCUUAAUUUUGUCAGGCUGCUGAGUUACCCUAACUGGCCUGUAGCUGCAUUAUUAGGAAAACUGUAGGAGUGUGUGGCUGGGACUAGAGGGAUCAGCCCAGUGGAGAGGAAGGGGACUCGUCUUUCUAAGAACCAAUUGUAGACCUGCACUGACAAGUCCUUGAAGCAGGACUUGGCAGCAAUGUCUGUCCUUUCUGUGUAAGGGCCUUGAGCAUAGGGCCCAUCCCCAUAAGGAAAUGUUAAUGUUAAAUAAUAUUUCAGAAGUGGAAAUGAUCUCAUUCUUCCUACGGCUUAUUUGGGUUUUUCUCUGGUUACUAUUUAUGGGAAAUAGCUGCUUGUAUGCAACUUGUCAAGCAAUUCAGAUCACUGCCUGCAAGUCGUCUGUAUUUGCCACUCCACCAAUCUCCAUCUUGACCCAUUGUUUGUACAAAACUGGUAUUUCCGUUCAGAUUUCCUGCAGGUAACACCACUUGUAUUUAUCUGCACUUGACUGAUAAAGAAAUGGUGGCACAAUGGCACUUAAUCACCUUACAGGGCAGUAGAGACUUUCACCUUGAAAAGGAACAGUGAGAGCCAUUCUGUAGGAACACAAGUGUUUCGUCUCUCUUACUUGAGGUGAGCCCUGUUCCAUGAAGAGUCCUUCUUUUACUGAUGAGUCUUGCUCCUUUUCUCAGUCAAGAGAGUGCUUAGCCCUCAGGACAUGCUCCAGGUCUUUCUGUUCUCAGGGCUUCCAUGGUGGGAAAGGUUUGCUCCUAGAGAACUUGUCAUCUUUUUCUGCUUUUCUUGCUGUAAUCUAUUUCAUCUUGAAAGCAUAGGAAACUGGGCUCUUUAAAUUUUAUUUAUUUAUUUUUAAUCUGGAAAUUUACCCUUUCAUGCAUGUUUAACAUACAGCCUUAAUAUCAUAUAGAAACUUAACCAGAUCUCUUCUGUUCCUUUCCCCUCUUCCUCCCUUGCAGCUGGAUAUAGCCAGAGCUUUUAUCCACACCCUUUGCUUCUUUUUAACUUGGAAACCAGAUAAUAGAAUCAAAUAUCUGAGAUUAUUUUAAAGGAAAACAACACCCAUUCUGAGUGAACUUUCCCAGGCCAAGGCUGGAGAAUUACUACUCACAGGGAACGAAUGCCCAUCACAAACCUCAUCAUCGUUCACCUACAUGCAAUUCCUUUUUUGCCUUUCUCCUCUUCCUGGAAGGGUGAAUAUGCAGUUGUGUAGGAGGGAUCAUGUGGGCACACAGACUGUCAUAACAAAGCAUUCCUGGUGCCCUUCAGCCCUAGAGGAGAUGAGCAGUUGGGAUGUGAAGGAAAGGCUGCAGCAAGGCUCUGGGAUUUCAUGAGGCAGUCUGCCUCUGCAAGAGCUGUUUCCUCUCUACCUAAACCUCUAAAUCUCAGAAGGAUAAGCCCCAGCUACCCACUUGCUGUGUGUUUGUGAUGUGUACAUUCUCAGUGUGAUGGAAAUGUUGAAUACAAGGCCACAGUUGUAUUGACUGUUCUCCCCUAAACCAGUCUGAUAAUAAGGGACAGUGGUAAAGCUUUCUCUUCUCAGUUAUCCUUAUUAUCACUGUGGGGAUUAGGGGUUGUCAUUAUGGUUCCUUUAUGAGAUAAUGCUUCAUUCUCCACCUCUGGUGCUGGUGAUUUGGUGAUAAGAGUAUGGCUCAGUUCCAUGCCCACCAUUCCAAAUCUGCUUCCCAGCUCCAGGCACCACGAGGGUGGCACCAUGUGUUCUUCUCUUACGUCAGGAAACCAGGAUCUCUUUAUCUCUGGGCCUCACCAGGUUAGUCUGCUUUGUGUGCCAGCAGCUGCUGCUCCAAAUACCCCAGUUAAAGGAAUGAAGUGCUGCAGUGGGAUUUGAAUGGGCAAACAUCUGUUCUUCAGUGUUGUGUACGCUGACAACAGACAGUACCUGUGUUUUCAGUUUUGCAGGGCCAGAGGGAUCUUUUGUGCUCAUUAACCCUGACUGGAGGCACUGCACAGGCCAUGGCUGGGCACGGAUGUUCUGCAUCUCAUUCAGCAGUCAGCUCCUUUGCUGGCACAGACUUAUCAUGUGUAAUUACUUAAUUUGAUUGAUGUGAUCUAAAAAGAGCCUGGCAAGAGUCAGGGAUUUGAACAUAUAUCAGUGAAAAAGAAAAGCAAACUUGGUGCUUUUUUCUCCAAUAUUCUUCAGUGCAAGAAUUCCUCCUAAUUCCCAAUGAUCUUGCUUCCCUAGGCUCCUUAGGGAGUAGAAAGGCUUUACAGAUACCUAAAAUCUAAGAGUAGAGCUUCUUGGAUGACAUCUGAAAAUGUAAUACAGUUUGCUUGAAACUUGUACUGGUGCUGUGUUAGAAGCUUUUUUGCUUAUUCUUUGCUUCUGUUCUAACUUGUGCCUCUUGGUCACAAAAGAUGUAGAGAAAUUCUCUGUGACUGAAUGUUACCUUUAGACAGUUGUACAUAUUUUAGAGUGGGGCAUAUUUUCAUUUGACCUGAGUAGGACUUUACCCAGAAAACCAAUAACUGAGGAGGAAGCAGAUUUAUGAUUGUUGACCUUGCUCUGUUUGUAAUUAUUUAAUGAUCCAAAACAUUGCAGCAAGAUAUUUAGCACUGGCUUUUUUUAUGCCAGUUAAUUUAACAAGUCUUAAAACAAUGUUUUCUUACGCCUGGAUGCAAGUACCUGCUAAAAGCUGUGAAAAUGCUUAAGUGCACAGGAAUGCAAUUACUCCAGUAAAUAAAGAGCUUCCUGUUUUCAGACACUUCUGAGAGAGCAGAGAUUUGCAGCACUGUGAAACGUGGGGAGAGCCAGGAGAAAGGACAGAUACAAGUGAGGGUGAAGCAAGCUAUGAAUGCUAUUUCACUGCACAGCACUGUUGGCUUUCCAGCGAGCUACUGAUUUCUCUUGUCCCCAGGAAAUUAAAAUGCACUCAGUGGUAAACACUGAAAGAAAGGAGUGGCUGCUUGGGACUGCAGGUCUGGUUCCCUCAUCAUGUCUCAUGCUUCAUUUAGUCAUGCAGAGUGUUGUCCUGAGCUGACCUCCCACUUGGAGCACUCCUUGGAAGACAGCAGUGUGUGGAGACACCAGCACCUCUGUUUGCUUCCUGUUCUGGCUCUAGCCCUCCAUCCUUGCUGGUGGAGCAGAGUACAUGUUACCAUGGCGAUGACUGCAGGGACUACAACAUCCUUUCCCAUGAGUAACCACACCCGGGAGAGAGUGACGGUGGCCAAACUCACGCUGGAGAACUUCUACAGCAACCUCAUUAUACAGCACGAGGAGAGGGAAACCAGGCAGAAGAAGCUGGAAGUGGCUAUGGAAGAGGAAGGCCUUGCAGAUGAGGAGAAAAAGCUGCGCAGGUCACAGCACGCUCGCAAGGAAACGGAGUUCCUGCGGCUCAAGAGGACCAGGCUCGGCUUGGAUGACUUCGAGUCCUUGAAAGUCAUAGGAAGAGGAGCAUUUGGGGAGGUCCGCCUCGUUCAGAAGAAGGAUACAGGUCACAUUUAUGCAAUGAAGAUACUGAGAAAAGCAGAUAUGCUGGAGAAGGAGCAGGUGGCCCAUAUCAGAGCAGAAAGAGAUAUUUUGGUUGAAGCGGAUGGAGCCUGGGUAGUGAAAAUGUUCUACAGCUUCCAGGAUAAAAGGAACCUUUACCUGAUCAUGGAGUUUUUACCUGGAGGUGACAUGAUGACCUUACUAAUGAAGAAGGACACUUUAUCAGAGGAGGAGACCCAGUUUUACAUUUCUGAGACUGUGUUGGCCAUCGAUGCCAUUCACCAGCUGGGAUUUAUCCACAGGGACAUCAAGCCAGACAAUCUCCUGCUGGAUGCCAAGGGUCAUGUAAAGUUGUCAGAUUUUGGGCUCUGCACAGGUUUAAAGAAAGCCCACAGAACAGAGUUCUACAGGAACCUCACACACAACCCACCAAGUGACUUCUCAUUUCAGAAUAUGAACUCAAAGAGGAAAGCAGAAACAUGGAAGAAGAACAGGCGACAGCUGGCAUAUUCUACUGUGGGAACCCCAGACUAUAUUGCUCCAGAAGUGUUUAUGCAGACUGGGUACAACAAGCUGUGUGACUGGUGGUCCUUGGGAGUGAUUAUGUAUGAAAUGCUAAUAGGGUAUCCACCUUUCUGCUCAGAAACGCCACAAGAGACUUACAGGAAAGUUAUGAACUGGAAAGAAACGUUGGUAUUUCCUCCAGAGGUGCCCAUUUCAGAGAAAGCAAAGGAUUUAAUUCUAAGAUUUUGUAUCGACUCAGAAAACAGAAUUGGUAGCAAUGGAGUAGAAGAAAUAAAAAGUCAUCCAUUUUUUGAAGGGGUAGACUGGGGACAUAUCAGGGAAAGACCAGCUGCAAUCCCUAUAGAAAUCAAAAGUAUUGAUGAUACUUCCAACUUCGAUGAAUUUCCUGAAUCGGACAUUUUACAGCCAGUGCCAAACACGACGGAACCUGACUACAAAUCCAAAGACUGGGUUUUCCUCAAUUACACCUACAAGAGGUUUGAAGGGCUCACCCAGCGUGGCUCCAUCCCUUCCUACAUGAAAGCUGGGAAGUUGUGAAGCAGAACACAACCCCCCAAAGGAAAUUGCAAACACAAACCUCAGGUAGCUGCAUCACCAGGCCCGCUUGGCGUUAGUUAUCAACACAUCGACUGGUGCGCAUUGAUUUCACACGGAAAUUCUACAGGAUUAGGAUUUCUAAGACUACUACAGGAAUUAGUUGGCAGUGCCAGCUGGCUUUUUUUUUUUCCUUUUUGUUUUUCUUUCCUUUUUUUUUUUUUUAAUAUUUGAAUAUUUUUGUUAACUUUAUUAUACAAAGGUACUGGAAUAAAAGGAACAUGCAUUGCUUUUCCUGCACUGCCUACGUGUGGAUAACGGUUAAUUAUGCCUCUCUGUACUGUGGCUUUGUUUGUACUGUAAACCAUCUAAUCCACCCAGGAGGGAAACAUAUCAUUUGAUGCAGCAUUGUUGUUGUACUGCUCACCUGGUGGGGUUUAGAUAUGCAGUAUAAAGAAAACUGUCCACAUUUGCAAACCUCUGUGAGCGGUUGCUCAAGGGUGUUCCAUUUGUGGUCUGCAGAUCCCCCAUGAGUGUAGCACAUGGAAUUAUUUUAAAUAGCAGUGUCCUCUGGGCCUCUUUGUGUGCCAGUGCAGGACUUUGUCAGCCCUUUAUCAUCAUCCCUUUUGUCCCUUUUCCCACAGUGUGUGGCAGUGAGGCAGUCCCUGUCAUCUGUUUAGUGGUAUUUGUUUAAGUGAUCAUUGGCAGUAUUGCUGUUAGAGGCGAUGAUGCCUGCUGGCAGUUUCAGAAGAAAAAACGAAUCUGAAUAAAAAGUAUCAAUAUUUUUAGCAGAAGGGAAAUGCUCUGAUGCAAAGUUUUGAGGAGAUGGCAGUUUCCAAGACUGCAUUCCUGCCUCUGCUCUAAAGCUGCUCAUAAUUCAAACAUUCUCUUCUCUCUGUGCAAAAUGUGUUCUAGAGAAGUGAUCAGAUUGGUGCUUUUUUCUUGUUUUUCCUCCCUGAGCAGCUGCAGGCAGAAGGGAUCCUGCUCUAACCUCUCUGGAAUCGCAGCCUCUGCUCACAUAGAGGAAAUGGAGUGUCCCACUAGACUCAGACUCUCCUUUUGUUCCAGGAUCUUCACCUGGCAUGGCCAUGGGAUUAGAAGAGAUUAGCUGAGCCUGCAGCUCAAAUUCCAGGGACCACCUAAAUGUUCUUGAGGCCAGCCUGCAGGAUGGUGACAACCUGACAGCUGAGCAAGGUCUCCUUCCCCCAGGCAGAGCAAACAGAAGCAGAAAUAGCUCCAUGUGCAGGCUCUGGUUUUGUUCUUUAGCCCAGCAGCAGUUCAGGACCGAGUUGCACUCCCUGAGCAGUUUGCAAUUAUCUGGUCACUGGUGAUUUUCUCUGCCUGUACUCACAGCUUAUCUGCAGGGCUUUGACUCUGUCACAUCCAGCAGAGAUCUCUGCUGUCUUUUUCUGAUCAAAAGAGAUGUACAGCAACGAACAAUUCCCCAGUGGCUGAACAAGCAGAGUCACUGUUGCUGUCUCACUCCUCUGAACACCAGUGUAAGGCACCCUAAAAGUUUUGCAGCCCCCUCUGAGUGGAGCACAGGAUGUUUUGGCAUACAGCAGGAAAGAUUCCAUUGGACAGAGUUCUGUAGCAAUAUGGAAACUACUGUGAUAAAGCCAUCAGAGAAAUAUUUAUUGUUGUUAGGCCAUGUGGUAUCAGCUGUUCUAAAUUAUUUGUAUGCUCUGAAAAACAUACUGGGAUGUUCAUCUGUUGCACAAGAGCCCGUUUGCCAGUAGGAUUUCUGGGCAUCAGUGCCUGUGAUGUGCAGGUAGUCUUCCCUGAUGUAGCCAGGAUCCCUGAUCCAGCCUUUCCCUCCAUGUUUUUAUCUCCCUUGAAGCAUCUAAUAUCUGUUAUUUAUACCAGUUUCCUCAAAGAGGAGUAGCCAUUGCCUCAGGCCCAUUCAGUGUUAUAUCAGAGCAAAGUUAAGCUGAGCUUCUGCCUGAAUGCUGGACUGAGGUGGGAACAGUUCCUUGAUCUCCCAGAUUUGCUUCCCAGACCUUACAUGAAUUAACAGGGUGCUGUUGGGGCAAGGGUCUUAAAAAUUCUCCGGUGUUGUCUUAGCCUUGUCAGUGUGCUGAGGCUCAACCUGUGGCCACCCAAAGGCUGUAUAAAAAGAAUAACUCACUUAAAUCCACCUUUCAGGCAUCGUUCUGCCAGUGUCCCAACAGCUCCUAAGGCUUCUCAGGAAAGGAAAUGCCUUUCCUAACGCCUUGACUCCAAAACAGGGAAGCUCAGGCAGAAAAAAAAAAUCCUGAGAUACAAACUUGGCCUCAAAUGACACUGCUAUUCAAAACAAUUUUCAUUGGUUUUAAUUUCCAGUCUCAUCCAUGGGGCACCGUGUGCACUGGAAUUGGAAUUCCUGCAAACACCACCUUUCAGAAGAGCACAGUAACCCCAUUAACGUGACCUACAAACAAGUCUUUGCUCAAACUUGUUGAGACAAACUCAGUUUCAUGGAAACUGCAAAUGCUCAGUGAUACUGGUGAUUUUUUUUUUUUCCUGUGGGGCUUAGGGGAGGGCAGAGAAAUACACACUUAAUUUAAAGCUAUCUAUUAAACAACUAUGUCUGUACAUACUGGUUUACAACCUUGAGAAGAAGCUCAACCCUUCUAUUUGCAACACUAAAGAUAAUACUAAUUUAAAACUGCAGAUGAUUAAUCAUAUCAGUGCUCACAUAGGAGUUAUAUCCAUAAGGAAACAGCCUGCAGCCUAUCUAGCAUAAACUCCUGUAUUGUGAUAGUUGACUUUUUAAAAUUUUUUUGUAAACAUAGCAUUAUUUUAAUCAGUAAGUCAAGUUAAACAAUAUUAACUACUGCUUUUAGGAUGAUAGGUUUUUUUUUUCCAAGGUGAAACUGUGACACUGUAAUGGAUUAAAGAGGACAGCAGGUUAAUCUACACUGGCUUUCAAAAAAAAUUGAAGUGCAACAUAUCUUUAAUUUUGUUAAUUCUGUCUGAUUCUUUUGGAUGGUUGUGUGUUUUCCUUUGGCAAUGUUUGUCACUGUGCCAUUUAUUUUUCUUAUUCUUGGAGUACCAAAGAUCCUGAAAUGGCUUGAUGAUUGCAACCAUGUGAAAAUUUAUUUUCUGGAAGUAUGUUUUGUUAAACUUUUGUUAAAACGUGAAAUUGUGUAUGCAAAUUGUUAUCAGAGCUUUGCUGGGAUGUUACCUAUUCCAGCAGGGAAAACUUGAGUGCGUCGAUGGAAGUGGAGAGCCUGAAUCCAAAUUCUGGAUUGGAAUUCCCUGAGAGUGGGGAGGAAGCUUGGAUUGGGAACUGCAGCUGAGCUUUUGCACUUCGUUCCAUCUCCAAUCAGCAAUGAGUGAGUGGCCUUAGGUACAGGACAUCAGCAGAGGUUGUCUCAUGUGCAAAAGGAGUUUAAAAAAAAAUUGCCAGCAUUCAGAAAUCAAAUCGUGUUGAUACUGCAUUUGCACUGUUCAAUUUGCCUUGCUGGAGAGUUAUAGAGGUGUUAUUUUUAUAGGUCAAUUGUUCCCCACCUGAGCCGUUGGAGACAGUCUGGGAUAAAGGCACCUGCUGGGGGGAGUUGAGCUGGGAGGCACCAGGAAUGGGCACCAGGAACAGCACACAGCUCUGCUGUCAGCUCCUUCCCCAGGGGUGACAUUCCUCCUGUGCCCAGCAAGCAGGGAAUGCUGCAGUCUAGCCCAGGUAAUGUGUAGGAAGUGCUCUCACUUUCUCAAUAACACGAGCAAUUGUAACACACUGUACCUUGUCCUUUUACUGUUGGGAUCUCACAGCAGCUCGUUCUUGGAGUCUAAAUGGCAACUGCUAUAUUUUUCCUAGACUGUUUCAUUAGUUGUGGUUGGGAAAGUUACAUAGAAGCAUUAUAAAAAUUUAUAUGAGGCUUUUUACAGCAUUUGAAAAUAAAAGUAGCAUUCUUUUUGUAAA